GGGGGAGCGGGGCGGCUCAGCACGGCUCGGCUCGGCUCGGCCAGCCCCCUGCGCCUCCCCGCCACGCCAUGGAGAGGAGCCGCGCCGGGCGGGAGCCCCAGCCCCAGGGGAAGACACCAUCCCCAAUGGGAGACAGCACGCCCACCCCAACCUUGUCACCCCACACGCCUGAGGAUGCCCUGCAGGGAGGGCACACCUCCCCCCAGCUUGACCAAGCCGUUCCUCCAGCCGUGGUCCCCUCUGAACAGCCUGUCUUGCCAGUCCCUCCAGCCAUCACGCCCUCCCAAAAGACCACCUCACCUGUCCCUGCUACUGUGACCCCCUCCAGGCAGUCCAUCUGCCCCCCUGCCAUGACGCCCCCUCCUGAGAGCAGCACCCCACAGCGUGACCGACCUGUUCCUCCAGUCAUGACACCGUCAGGACAGCCUGUGUCUCCCAAUGCUGCAGCUGUGGCCCCUUCAGCAGAGAGUGUCCCUCCCUGGGACAAGUCCUCUCCUGGGCUCCCCCAGCCCCCUGUGACAAAGCAGCCCAAAGAAGAGGCAUUGCCCAACGCCAGCAGCCAGCCUGGCCCCGUCCACACUGCGGCUGCUGCCCCUUGCCCAGCAGAGACACUGCCCUCUGGGAGCAAAGCCCCAACCCCAGCUGGCAGUGAAGGAGCCCCCUCCGAUGCCAAGAGCCCCCCGGCUGGCACAGCUGGGCCCUCAAAGGAUGUGACUCUCCGCAGUGACCGCCCCUCCCCAGCCGCAGCCUCACCAGCUUCUGCUACCAGCUCCAAGCCCAAACAAGAUGCUCAGAAAGCCCAAGCAAGGCACAAGCAGGCGAAGGAGCGACGCGAGGAGAGGGCCAAGUACUUGGCUGCCAAGCGGGUGCUGUGGCUGGAGAAGGAGGAGAAGGCACGGCUGCUGCGGGAGAAGCAGCUGGAGGAGCGGCGCAAGCGCCUGGAGGAGCAGCGGCUGAAGGCGGAGAAGCGCCGGGCGGUGCUGGAGGAGCGGCAGAGGCAAAAGCUGGAGAAGAACAAGGAGCGCUAUGAGGCAGCGAUCCAGAGGUCAGCCAAGAAGACGUGGGCAGAGAUUCGGCAGCAGCGGUGGUCCUGGGCUGGGGCCCUGCACCACGGUUCCCCUGCACACAAGGAUGGUGCGAGCCGCUGCUCAGUGUCCGCUGUAAACCUCCCCAAACACGUCGACUCUAUAAUCAACAAGCGGCUCUCCAAAUCCUCCGCCACCCUCUGGAACUCUCCCAGUAGAAACCGGAGCUUGCAGCUGAGCCCAUGGGAGAGCAGCAUCGUUGACCGGCUGAUGACACCCACCCUGUCCUUCCUGGCACGCAGCCGGAGCGCAGUGACGCUGGCUGGGAAUGGCAAAGAGCAGGUGCCAGUGUGCCCUCGCUCAGCCUCCGUCAGCCCCCUCAGCCCCUGCCACAACCACCGCCUGCAGCACCGCUGCUGGGAGAGGCGGAAGGGUGCCGCUGCCAGCCCCGACGUCACGCCACGCCGCAGGACCGAAUCCUCGCCCCAGAAGAAGAAGGAGAAGAAGGAGAAGGAGCGGGAGAAUGCCAAGGAGCGCAGCGCCCUGUCCCGCGAGCGCAGCCUCAAGAAGCGGCAGCCACUGCCAGGGGCACAGCCCCGGCUGCCACCCGCAGCAGACAGCAGCCCUGGCCCCAAGAACCGUCCCUCAUCCCCUGCCACCCCCAAAGCCCGCCCGGCAUCCCCCAGCCCAGCCCUGGGCUCUCCCCACAAGCCUCCACUGCCCCGCAGCACCCACUCCUCACCCAAGGUGCGGGCCAGGGCCCGGGAGGAGCGGGGGGAGCAGGAGGGCCAGGUGAAGACACGUGAGAAGAAAGAGGAGGCACGGAGCCCAGCACCCCCAGCCCUUCCCGAGCCCCCCAGGGUUUCCACAGAGCCCCCCAAGGUGCCCACAGAGCCAGCAGCAGCCCUUCUGGCCCCUGCAGUCCCCAGCCCUGUGCCAGCAACCCCCCCAACCCGACCCUCAGCUGGCACCACAGACCGGGAGGAGGCUGCCCGGUUGCUGGCAGAGAAGCGUCGCCAGGCCCGCGAGCAGCGGGAGCGUGAGGAGCGGGAGCGCCGCGAGCAGGAGGAGCGAGAGAGGCGGCUGCAAGAGGAGCGGGCACAGGAGGCAGCAGAGGAGCAGAGCCGCAGGGAGGCCCUGGCACGCCAGCGGGAUGAGGAGCGGCGGCUGCAGGAGGAACGCGAGGCCCAGGAGAGGGCACAGGCUGAGCGGGAGGAGACAGAGCGCCUGCAGAGACAGAGGGAAGAGGCUGAGGCCAGGGCACGGGAAGAGGCUGAGCGGCAGCGCCUGGAGCGGGAGAAGCACUUUCAGCGCGAGGAGCAGGAGCGACUGGAGAGGAAGAAGCGCCUGGAGGAGAUCAUGAAGAGGACACGCAAGUCAGAUGCAGCAGAUGCCAAGAAGAAGGAGGACAAAAAGGUGGUGAAUGGGAAAGCAGCUGAACCAGAGGAUGUCUCAGGCUGCGAGAAGCGUGCAGGACCGAUGCCAAAGGAGGAGGAACUCCCUGAGACACAGACGACAAGCACAGGCACUCCAGGGGGGCCAAAGGGUCUGGUGGGUGAGGGGCUGCAGCCAAGCUCCCCAGCCAAGGAGGUGGCAUCUCCAGCAUCACUCGUGAAUGGCGUGCAGCCCAGCAAGCAUGAGAAUGGCUUCUCAGGCACAGAGGGCUCCCAGGAGCUGCUGGAGCUCUCCCACCACAGCAGCACCCCAGCAAGCAUCAUCCCCUUUGGUGACAAGGAGCCCUUCCUCAAGCAGGCUGUGGUCAAGCCCCCCCAGGUGACAGAGGUGCUGUGAGGGCCAGAGCCGGGCCCUAGCAGACGUCCCCAUGGGGCCACCGCACGCCUCCUGACUCUGGACACCCACGCAGAACCGUAGCUGUUGUCAGAACAAGAACCUUGCUGCUCCCCUCCACUUGCCGCGCGCCCCCGGCCCUGCCGCGGGGGGCUGGGGCAGCGUGGGACCCGCCAGCAAGGCGGCUGCCCGCUCCCUGCCUGCCACGGGGGACACCUGGUUUCUCUGUUACUUCGUUUCGUUGGAUUUUUCGUUUUUUUAAUAUGCACCUUAUCAGACUGACACCCCCACCCUAGCAGCCUUGCCAGAGCCGCCCCAGACGUGUGGUGUAAUAAUGUAGUUAUUUAACUUGCUGGGUACAAUGUCUGUGAAUACUGUAAAUAGAGCUCGGCCAGGCACCGGGGGCACCGGCCUGGCCCCGUGUGGGGUGGGAGGACUUGGGGGCUUGCCAGGGAGAAGGGAUGCAGCUCGGCUGCACGGGAAGGUCGCUCCCUGUGCCCACGUCCCUGCGCAUGUCUGCGUGCGUGCUGGGUGUCCCCGUGCUGCCCGAGCAGCCGGGGCCUGGCAGGUGCCAUGCUGCUCUCCGUGCCGUUGUGACAGUGUUAUGCAUCUGGACAACCUUUGCCAAUAAUAAAAGUGGACAA